CCGAACCACCGCGCGAUAUAAAAAGGAAAAGAAUCCCAUGGGUUUGUCAGAAUCGAAAAUUAUGCCUUCACCCGCACCAAAAAAGUUAUUCAAGACGGAGUUCGCCGUCGAAAUGACCUGUCAAUCGUGUGUGAACGAUAUUGACAAGGUCUUGAAGCAAUUCCCCGAUAUCAAAAAGUACGAUAUCGAUCUUGACGAGCAGCGCGUCAUGGUGGAAGGCACCAUGGCUCCUUCGAUGAUUUCUCGUGCAUUGAAAGAUAGUGGUCGUACUGUCAUUAUUCGUGGCCAAGGCGUAUCUGAUGGGCAAGGUCACUCUGGUGCCGCCGUAUGUAUUUUCGACACCUUUGGCAGCAAUCCUUCACAAAACCUACCCCAGGGCACACAAGGUCUGGCCCGCUUCGUACAAAUCGACGAUGCAACCUGCUUGAUUGAUUUGACUGUGGAAGGAUUAUCGCCUGGUAACCAUGGUGUCCACAUUCAUGAGUUGGGCGACAUUUCGCGUGGAUGGAUGUCAACAGGUGAUCAUUUCAACCCGACCGAUGUUGAUCAUGGCGAUCAAGAGACAGGCCAUGUCGGUGAUUUGGGUAAUAUCACGGUGGAUGAAAAUGGAUGGGGCGAUUUGGUCUUGGAAAGUACGCGUGUCAAGGUCUGGGAUAUCAUUGGUCGUAGUAUGGUGCUCUCUCAGAAUGAGGAUGAUUUGGGUCGUCUCUCGACAAAGGAGUCCAAGUGGGAUGGCAACUCGGGUCCAGGCGUGCUCUGUGGUAUUGUUGCUCGAAGUGCUGGCGCAUUUGAAAAUAUGAAGAAGGUCUGUGCCUGCUCUGGCAAGACGUUGUGGGAGGAAGCACGCAUCCAGCAACAGGAUAAAAAGGUUUCCUCCUUGUAGAAAUUGGCGUCACUCGUCUUUCGUAUAAUACCCUUCCUGUUCUUUUCCAAGCGCCAUACAUCUCACUCACAAACCGCUCAAUGUAAUAUGUUUCUCUUUUAUACACAAAUAUA